AGUGUAAGCCUGUAAGGAAUACGUCGGGCAGGGACGAGCGGACGACCGAUGUGCAAGCGGAAGGCCGUGGUGCCCUAGAGCACGAUUCUACUGUCUGUUGCGUAGUUCUCUAUCCUUGUUAAUACAUAUCCAAUAGGCAGGAUGAUAAGUGCACGGCCAUCGAUGGUUUCUGGCAGCGCUUCAAAGCAAGAUGACAAGCCGCCUGUUAGGGGCUUUACAGAAGAGCUUAUUAGAGAACACCGUCAACGAAGCCCACAACUCAUGAGAGAGGACAUCGAGUCCGCCUGGAAAGUAUUAGUGCCAAAUGGGGAGUCCAGCAUAACGAGGACAGACCUUGUAGACCGCUUGUCGUACUACUUUCCGCAUGUGGACUUGGGCGCGGUGACCAGCCUUUUGGGUGGCGGCGGCAGCAUGACACACGACAAGCUUGUGCGCCUGUUAUGGCACGAUGGGCAGCCAGCCCUGCCCUGCAACGUCAGCGACGAGGCCUGGCAGCAGCUCGACCCGCACGGGCGCGGCUCCGUGAGCCUGGACACCCUGCUGCGCAUGCUCACCACCAUCAGCACCUGCGAGAAGCUCGACGCGGAGGACAUGGCGGUCAUCCGCAUGCUGCUGGACAUGCCCCCGGACGGAGAUACGGUCACGGAUGAGAACUGGCAGCAGCUAGGCAGCUGGGCGCCGCGGCUGGCGGUCAUCUCGCCCGCGCAGCGCAAGCUGCUGGCCGCCAGGGCGGGUAAUGAGCGGCAGUUCAACACCGCGGGGCGGAAGACGUUCGGUUCCAAGUAACACCCGUGUGGUCAGGCACCUGUGCUGGUCUAUGCCACUGUGUGGGAAUACUAUUGUACGGGCAUAUUCGACGGGUGUAAGGCGGCGAAGUGCGCUACACGGGUUUGAAUAUCGACGCACGCAUGUCCUCGCCUUGCAAAAUGGACGAAUGGGCGGUACUUUCCCAUGUCACAAAUGACUGAUUGUGAGGGUGUGCAGGCUUGACGCAACGUGCUGUAUAACAAAACAUUUUGUGGCAGGAUUAAUGUGCUUUACGUCAAUAACUUGUUGGUAAAUGCAAAUUUGCCGAGCGUGUUGCGUGUGCCUGUGUAGAUGUUGAGGUCCUGAACGUCAGACCGUGGGCGUUAGGGAGGGAAAAGUAACACUUUCCUACACUCACCAAGUAGUGCCGACUGCAAUAAGGUUAUGCAACGGCGAUCCGCUCCUCGCUGUACUGGCGCUCUUGGGUUACGAGGAGUUGCAUGUAAGCAUUUACCAGGGUUG